CAGGCUUGUUCCGCUGGGAUUUACAAGUGCCAACCAACUACAUGCACAGAGGCUAGAGAUCAUUCAAGUUAGAACUGGAUCAAGGGAGCUUGAUAAGAUCUUGGAUGGUAAUGUGCUACCAGCUUUAUGCUUUUUCCCUUUCUCAGCAUAAUUUGAUAAAUGACUUGUGAUCCAUUGAGUAUCAGAUCUUACCUACCUUUAACAGGGGGAUAGAAACAAGAUCUAUCACAGAGUUAUAUGGUGAAUUCCCCUCAGGAAAGACUUAGUUGUGCCACACUAUGUUGUUACAUGCCAGAUGAGACUUCAUUUAUUGUUUUUUUAUUUGCAUUGACACCUAAGUCUUGUUGUUAAUCUCUCAUAUGUUAAACAUGAUAUAUUUUAGCUUCCAUUGGACCAGGGUGGUGGUGAAGGAAAGGCUCUCUACAUUGACAGAGAGGGGACAUUCAGACCUUAGAGGCUCCUCCAGAUAGUAGACAUGUGGCACCUUUGGUUACACUAGUUACUUUGGUUCUUAGCAUGAAUUUUAUUAAUAAGCAAGUGAAUACUAGAUUCUAGGUUGGUUUUAACAUGAAUUUGAUUACUAAGCAAAUGAAUAUUGGAUUCUAGGUUGGUUUUAACAUGAAUUUGGUUAUUAAACAAGUGACUACUGGACUCUGGGUUUGGAUUGAACGGUGCUGAUGUAUUAGAGAAUGUGGCUUAUGCCAGGGCUUACAAUACUGAUCAUCAAUCCAGACUUCUACUGGAUGCAGCUUCCAUGAUGAUAGGGACGAGGUUUGCUCUUAUGAUUGUUGACAGUGCCACAGUUCUAUACAUAAUUGAUUUCUCAGGUAGAGGGGAACUAUCAGCGAGGCAAAUGCAGAGGGCCAAGUUUCUAUGGAGUCUUCAAAAAUUAGCCGACGAGUCUGGAGUUGCUGUGGUUAUCACGAAUCAGGUAGAGGCACAAGUGGAUGGCUCUGCCAUGUUUGCGGGGCCACAGGUGAAUCCUAUCGGUGGGAACAUCAUGGCGCAUGCUUCCACAACCAGGCUUGCUCUUCGCAAGGGAAGAGGCGAAGAGUGAAUCAGUAAAGUAAUCAGCUCCCCUUGCCUAGCUAAAUCCGAAGCAAGGUUCCAGUUAUCAUCUGAAGGCAUUUCAAAUGCCAAGGACUGACUAAUACCAUCUCUGUCUCUCCUCCAGCUCCCUCACAUUUGCAAAUAUGUUCAUCUCCAUUCUAUUUUGAUGGCUUAGUGGAUGCACAUUUUUGUUGUGAGCUUGCAGAGUGUUGCUGUUGUACAAAACAAGGCUGUCUCUCGCGCAUUGCAUGUGAUGUAAUGUGUAACUCACCAUCUUUCAAAUAUAUUGAAUGGAUGAUGCUUUUUUUUUUUUGAA